AUGCGCUAUCGGCUUAUCGUGGGCCUCGGCUUGAGAGUGAAAGAGGAAGGACAUCACCACACCUCGGACGGGCGAGGCGGGAGGAAAGAUGGAGGAGUCUUUUCUACAUCUCGUGCUGCUAGAUAUGUUACGGAUACACAUAUCCUGCAAUACACAUUAUCAAGUAUCAUGCCUGCCGAGUCGAAAUACCCUCCCAUCAACAUCCCCAAUGUCGGCCUCUGGGACUUUCUGUUCGAGAGGAAGGACCGUGACUUUCCAGAUGACAAACCCAUCUUCGUCGACGCCGACACCAAUGCCUCUCUCACCUACAGCCAAGUCAAGCAGACCGCAUCAGACUUCGGCAAAGGCCUAAAGGCACUCUGGGACUGGCAGAAAGGCGAUGUCCUCGGAAUCUACUCCCCCAACAGCAUCGAAUUCCCAGCCGUAACAUGGGGCUGCCACUUCGCCGGCGGCAUCGUCUCCCCCGCGAAUCCCGGCUACACCGUCUCCGAACUCGCCUUCCAACUCAAGGACAGCGGCGCCAAAGCCAUCGUCACCCAACUCCCCCAACUGGAAAUCGCCCUCCAAGCCUGCGCCCACGUCGGCAUCCCCACCGACCGCAUCGCCCUCAUGGGUCAAGCCCGCCAUCCUGAAUCCGGCCGCUUCAAACACUGGACUACCAUCCGUAACCUCUCCGGCACCUCGCGCUACCGCCGCGCCAAAGUCGACCCGGCAAAAGACCUCGCCUUCCUCGUCUACAGCUCCGGCACCACGGGCAAACCAAAGGGCGUCAUGCUCACGCACCGCAACAUCGUAGCCAAUACCCUUCAAAUCACCUCGGCCGAAUCCCCGCUCUCCUGGCAACCCCGCCCGGACGCUCCAGAGGGCGACAGUAUCCUAGCCUUCCUCCCCUUCUUCCACAUCUACGGCCUGACCGUCGUGCUCCACCAAUCCUUCUUCCGCGGCACCAAGACCGUCGUCAUGCCGAAAUUCUCCCUCGAAGCCUGGUGCGCCGCGGUCCAAACCCAUCGUAUCACCUUCGCCUACGUCGUCCCGCCCGUCAUCCUCCAGCUCUCCAAACACCCCCUCGUCUCGUCCUACGACCUGAGUACCCUCCGGAUGAUGAAUUCCGGCGCCGCGCCCCUGACUCACGAACUAGUAACCGCGCUCUACGACCGCAUCGGCGUGCCUGUCAAGCAGGGUUAUGGUUUGAGCGAAACCUCGCCGACGACACACACCCAACCCUGGGAUCUCUGGCAGAGCACGAUCGGGGCUGUAGGGACUAUGCUCCCCAACCAGACGGCGAAAUACAUGUCCGCCGACGAGACCGAGGUGCCUGUAGGCGAAGUCGGCGAGCUGUGGAUCAAAGGCCCGAAUAUCUUCUCCGGCUACUUGAACAACCCCGAGGGUACGAAGAAUGCAUUGACAGAGGACGGCUACUUCAGAACAGGCGACGUGGGUUAUCAAGACAAAAACGGCAAUUUCUAUAUUACAGACAGAGUGAAGGAGUUGAUUAAGUACAAGGGGUUCCAAGUCCCGCCUGCUGAGCUCGAGGGCCUGUUGGUCAGUCAUCCGAAGAUCGAUGAUGUGGCUGUGGUGGGGAUCUAUCGGGAGGAGGUGGCGACGGAGGUGCCGGUUGCUUUUGUUAAGCUGCGGGAGGGGGUUGUGGCUAGUCCGGCGGUGGAGAAGGAGAUUGUGGAAUGGCUCACAACCAAAGUCGCCAACCAUAAGCGUUUGCGCGGCGGGGUGCGGUUCGUGGAUGAGAUCCCGAAGAGUGCUAGUGGGAAGAUUUUGAGGAGGGUGUUGAAGGAGAGGUUGGUGGUGGAGGAGGAGAGGAAGGCGGGGAGGGCGAAGUUGUGA